AUGAUCGAUCAUCCUAAUGUGGCUCCUUCACCAGAAUUACUUUCUCAAGAAUCUGAAAUAUAUCGACGACAAAAAAUUCUUUUUGUUCUAAUCGAUAUCUUAUUCACUUUCAAUUUGGUUACCUUAUUUGCAUUUAUUCAUUUAUAUAAAACUGAUCGACCGAUAGAUGAACCUUUGAAGCUAAAGGAAUAUUUUUUCUAUAAACUUUUAUGGGUACUUCUCUCACUUGUUUAUGAUAUUUUUGGUUUAAUAGCAACUUAUCUAUGCCAUCGAAUAUGUUUACGCGUGUUUACAUGUAUUGGAAUAAUAUUUCUUAUUUUGAAUUGUUGUGCACUUGGACAUAUAUUGUUUUGGCAAAUUCAGAAAAUAAAAUCAGCACAAAAUAAUUGGAUAAAAACUUCAUCUCGUUAUGUUAUAUUUGUUAUUUUUUGGAUUUCUAUUACAUCUGUACUGUACAUUAGUCUUCGAUUAUCAUUUCGACUAUCGAAAUUAAUUAAGAAUCUUCAACAUAACAUAAUGGAAUCAGUAUCAAUAUCUGAAAUUAAGUAG